AUGGUUGCAGGUGAAUUAGUAAUGGAAGAUGUGUAUAUUAUUGUAUUAAUUCAACCAACAGAAAUAGAUGAGCAACAAGAUGAAACCUUUAUUCCAAAAUUUUCUAUUACAGAUACCAUAUGGAAUUUAUUAAAUUUUUUAGUAUACCCUCUAAGUGGUUUCGAUGUAUGCGAAGAUGAAUUAAAGUGCAUUCGUGCUCUUGGAAAAAAAUUAUUAAGAUUAAUAUUUUUCAAUAUAAAAAUAACAUUCUGCAGUUUAGCAGCACCACCUCCAUUACCAGGUGGACGACCAAGAGCUACAAGUGCAGAUAAUCGUAUAUCAUUACCUAAUCGUUCAACACCUAUUGCUCCUCAAUUGCCUGCCCGUACACCAACAACACGUACACCUUUACCAGUACCACCUCCACUUCCCCCAACUAGUAAAAAACCAGCACCUAUACUCCCUAAUAAACCUGUAAAUCAUUCAUGUAAGUGUAUUCUAAUUAUUUUGAUAGCUAAUCAUAUUUCAAGUCUUGAUGAUUAUCUUAAAUCUUUUAAAUUCUAA